AAGGGGUGCUCCGUGCGCCUCACCUCACUCCCUCACCACCCCAGCCCAACUCCCCACUUGCCUUGCCUCUCCUCAUCCGAGCAACGACGAAUUCUUGCCCCCUGUUUGGCAACACAAACAAGUUCUUGGCCUAACAAAGCUAACUUGAGAGAGGAAGUUCCUUCGGUGAGGAAGAGCACACGCAAGAGGAUCGGAGAUAGAUGGCGAGCGUCGUCGACGGCAAUGGAGGCGGCGGCGGCGGCGGGCGGGUGGUGAUGGAGCUGAGCCACAUCAAGGACCUGGUGCGGCAGCUGGAGGGGCACCUGGGGGGCGGGUCACAGUUACAGGCGCAGGAGGUGUGCAGGAGCCUGGCCUCGCAGAUCUCCUCCCUCACCGAGCGCUCCAUCACCCUCAUCACCUCCUACUACUGCCUCGACGCCGGCCGGAAGCGCUCGGCGGCGGCCAGCCUGCUCAGCGACGUCUCCGACGCGCCCUUCAAGACCACCAAGAAGAGGAAGACGACGGAGAAGGUUAAGAAUCAGGUGAGGGUGAGCUCCGCCGCUGGUGGCGACAUCCCGGCCGACGACGGCCACAGCUGGAGGAAGUACGGCCAGAAGGAGAUUCUUGGAGCCAAAUACCCGAGGAGCUACUACCGCUGCACGCACCGCCACUCUCAGGGAUGCGCGGCGACGAAGCAGGUGCAGCGCGCUGACGAGGACCCGACGCUCUUCGACGUCAUCUACCUCGGCGCGCACACCUGCGUCCAGAGCGGAGCGGUGGCGGCGGCAGGCGAGGCCGCCACGGCCACUCAGCAGCCGCCGGAGCACAACCCGAACGCCCACAGCCUCCUGCAGAGCCUGAGCUCCAGCCUGACGGUGAAGACCGAGGGGCUGGCCGCGGCGCCGGAGCCGCCGCAGGGCUGGGUCGCCACCACGCCCUUCUGCCUCUCCUCGACGCCGGCGAGCGGGUGCCUGCAGGCGCCGGCCGAGCUCAGCCCGUUCUCGGCGCCGUCGACGACGUCCGAGAACUGGGGCGUGUCGCCGGCGACCUCGGACUCCAACCAGCACGCUGCCGUCUCUCUCCCGCCUUUCGAGGUCGUCGCCGGCGACGUGGAGUUCGAGUUCGGGGAGGUGGUGUCCGCGCUCGUCGGCAUCCCCGACGACGACUUCGACAUUUCAAGCUUCUUCGCGUGAUCCACGGGGAGGAAGAGAGAUUCUUACAAAACCUACCUGAUGACCGCCCCCUCUGUGAUGCUCUGCCGUUUGUUCAGGGGCAGAGGAGGGAAGACAAAAAGUUCUUCCUUCGUCAGAGCCAUCCUAAAGGUUUAGGAUAUUUGAGAAUAGUGGAGUUGUUAAUUCGACAGACAUGUGAAAGUAACGUGAAAGUUUCUGGUGAAUUUAAGCAUUGCCCAACAUAUUACUAGCGGUCUAGUGCAAACAAAGUUUGGGUGCUAUUUAAUCUGGUAAAGCCCUGAAAGUUCAAUCA